UCGCGUGGAGCAUUGAGACGUAGCCUAUCGGUCUGUCUGUCGCUCACUGGCGUAAGGCCAGUUACAGACACUGUUACAGCGUGGUCUGUCGGGCCGCAGUUAUUGUGUUCACUCCGUGAGGCGUUCCACUCACUUCGGACCUGUCAAGGAGAGAUCUCUGUGUAUUUAGGUUGCUCUCGUCAUAGGGAGUGGUGGAGCUUCAUCUCGUGGAUCUAUUCUUGCUUGGAGUAUACAUCUGGAUUCACUAAUGUUUUCUACAAUGUGGAUAACCCUUGUGAUAUGCAGUUGCUGACUUGGGAACUCACUUAGGUUUAGAUGAGAUGGUGAGAGGUCAAGGACAACCAUGACCCCCUGGCGAGUGCUUGUGGCAGUGACAAUUAUUUGUGUCAUUUGCCCGUGUGUUGAACUAUCAGCAGUCCGAUAUGAGGUUGCCAGCUUUGAGGGUAAUGAAGUUUUCAACCACCUUGUUUGGAACAGAGAAACCCAAACGAUCUAUAUUGGGGCUGUGAACGUGAUAUACAAACUUGAUCAAGAUCUUAAUAAGCUGACAAAUGAAACAACAGGACCUCAGGAAGACAAUCCAAAUUGUCCGCCUCUUAUAUCAGAAAAUAUCUCAAAAUGUUCCUUGAAAAGAACAAAAACUGAUGCUUUCAACAAAAUUUUAGUAAUCGAUUACACCCACCAGCGCCUGAUAGCAUGUUUUAACCUCUACCAUGGCUACUGCGAGAAAUACCACCUGGAUGACAUUAAAAAGAAGGAUGACAUCCAGCAUAUCCCGAUUGUAUCCAACAUGAUCAAUGCUUCGUCUUUUGCAUUUAUUGCCCCGGGACCCGCCAAGGAGCCAGGUGGAAUUCAAGAGGAAGUUUUGUACGUUAGUGCUACCUGGUCCACUCAGGGCCUUAAGGUAUACCGUGACCAGAUCCCAGCAUUUGCCAGUCGAAAUUUGGACACUUUCAAACUUGGGAUCAAGAAUUUCCGUAAGUCAAGAAUUGAGAUCGAGUCGCAACAACGUGACACUUUUCCGGUUCGCUAUAUUUACGGAUUUGGAUCAGGAAAGUUCAGCUAUAUGCUGACAGUCCAGAAACAGGGAGCCCAACUGGAUAAUUUCAUCUCAAAAAUAUUCCGUGUGUGUCAAAACGAUGCUGCAUUUUACUCGUACACGGAAGUGGAGCUGAAGUGUAUGUACGGACAGACCCACUACAAUAUUCUGCGUGCGGCCUAUGUUGGCAAGGCGGGGAAGAACCUGGCCCAGGGACUGAACAUCCCCACAGUGGAGGACGUCCUGUAUGCUGUGUUUUCUCUGGGUGAGAGCUACUCCAAAACAGCUCUGUGUGUCUAUCCAAUGAGGGAAGUGCAUAAGUCAUUCACGGAGAAUAUUCAGUCGUGUUUUCAAGGCAUCGGCAACACAGGACCCGACCAUAUAGUCGGAUCAGGAUUAUGCGUAAAAGCGAAUUUCAACAUUACUGAUGACUACUGUGGCGAACAUGACAUCAACAACCCCAUUGACGGCAACAAACCCAUCACCGCAGAUGCAGCGCUGCGAUUUGGCUCACAUACAAAUGUGUCGGCCAUUACUGUCGCCAUAACCCACGAUUACACUGUAGCAUUCGUGGGGACGAGUAGAGGAAAUAUAAUUAAGGUGACGAUCGAGAGUAGGAAGGUGGCAUCGGUGUAUGACAACGUGACUGUGCAGGAAGGAAGCAUGGUCAAUGCCGACCUCCGCAUGGAUGAUCAGAAGCUUCACCUGUAUGUCAUGACAGAGAAACGGUUGUCCAAACUGAAGGUCCAGGAGUGCAGCCAGUACAAGACCUGUGGGGAAUGUCUGGGGGCCAAGGAUCCCUACUGUGGCUGGUGUUCCCUGGAGAACAAGAUUAAUAUGUGCAGUCGCCAGGAUGAGUGUAAGGCCUAUGAGAUGACAAUGCGAUGGCUGCCCUACAGCGGACAGCAGUGUACCAACAUUACCCGGGUUGUCCCGGAGAAAAUACAGAAAGACCACUCAUCCAAGACACACACUCUGGAGUUACACAUAGAAAACCUGCCAGAUUUUCCUGGUCAGUACGAGUGUGCCUUUAGCCAUGACAUGCGUUUUGUCCCGAUCAUCACGAUCGCCAACAAGACGAUGAACACUGGGAAGAACACAGGAGUAACGUGCCAGACACCCCUACCCAACCAGCUACCCAUGGUUCCUACAGGACAAGAUCACAUUGUGAUGCGGCUGUCUGUGAGAAUGAACCAACAGGACUUUGUGUCAACGGACUUCACAUUCUUUGACUGCAGCCUUCACAACUCAUGCACAAGCUGUACCCAGAGUGACUUCCCUUGUACAUGGUGUAUCAAAGGUCACAUUUGCAGCAACAUCGUCUCUGAUGAUUGUCGUCGUAACGAAACAUUAGUUACUGGCAAAGCUGUCCGAGGUACAUCGCUGCGUCCUGGGCCAAAGACCUGUCCUCGGAUAGAGAUGAUCAAUGAUCGACGCGAUCCUCAAAUUCUUGUUGCUGCCAAUACUAACACUGGUAUUGAGGUUAGGGGUCUGCAUCUUGAGGCUUACCAGAUUGGAGGAAUCGGCCUCAAGUGUAACUUUAACUUCAAGUCUGGCAUAACUGUUCCAGCAACUGUGCUACCUUCCACUGAUAAUGACAACUCAUUCGUCAUCAAGUGUCAGAAUCUGGAGUUCAACUACUUCCCAAACGUCAGCUACCAGAAUGUGCCAUUCAACAUCAUGUGGGAGAAUAUCAAGGCCCUGGACAACCCGUCAAACAUCCAGGUGACAAUGUACAAGUGUCAUGUGAUGGCGGACUCGUGUGGGUCGUGUCUGACCCAGGAUGUCAAGUACCAGUGUGGGUGGUGUCAGGACAAGGAACAUUGUACUACCCAGCAGGAGUGUCGCAACAACAAUGACUGGCUGGGGCAUCAGUCCACUUGUCGCAACCCCAAAAUAGAAACGAUUUCCCCCCAAUCCGGACCUCUUGAUGGCGGGACCCUCCUGACCAUUGUUGGAGAAAACCUGGGCAAGAUGAAAGGUGACUUACACGUGACCAUCGGGCCAUCGGUGGACUGUGCCAUUAAGGAAUACGUGGCACCCAGACAGAUUAUUUGUGAGACAGGUCCUGUGCCUGGAGAACAAGAGCACAGGGUCAAGGUCAAGAUUGCCAAUGAGUAUGAAUCAACAUCAGCGAAUGUCUUCAGAUAUGUGCUUCCAAAGGUGACUGACAUCAACCCUGACUAUGGUCCUCGCUCUGGUGGAACCAGGGUGACGAUAUCAGGACAAAACAUGGAUGCUGGCACCGAAAAGACAGUCUACAUCAAUUCCCAUCAAUGUAAUGUCAUACCUGUGCCCUCAAGCCCUGAUUACUUGGUCUGCGAGACUUCCCCCAAAUCGCAAGACUCAAGCCCAAAUCCCACGUACCCUCCAAACAGGGUCGUGGUCAAGUUCGAUAAGCAGGUCAUCCAUGCUGAUCAUAAGAUCCGAUAUGCCUAUGUUCCUGAUCCCGAUGUCACUUCCAUCAACCCCAAACAAGCCAUUCGAAGUGGUGGUUUACGCAUCACUGUUCGAGGAAAACAUUUCACCAAUGUGCAGAGCCCAAGGAUGCUGCUUGGACACAACAACGAGGUGUUUGAUAGCAUGUGUGAGAGAAAGUCGGACAUAAUACUAGUCUGCUACUCUCCAAUGGUGGAGUCCUUGGUUCCGACAUUGAGUGACGAUGUUGAUCAUGUCGAUGUGUCGUAUGGAUUCAAGAUGGAUGGCGUUGAGAACAUCAUGAACCUGACAGGCCGCAGCUUGGAGGCCUUUGGAGUGUUCACGCUCUACCCAGACCCUGUGUUUGAGAAGUUCAAGAAUGGAAUGAAGUCGCACCAGAAGAAGACGGAGUUCCUUACAAUAGGGGGAAGUAACCUGAACCCGGCCAUUCCCAAGGAGGACGUCACCGUCCAUAUUGGCACCGGCCUCUGCAACGUCACCUCCAUUGCUGCCACACAACUGACGUGCCGACCACCCAAAAGUCAGCCACAGUCCAAGAAGGGAAACGACAUUCCAGAAGUUGUGGUGAUUGUUGGCCAGAACCUGACAUUCAGCAUCGGUCGUCUCAAGUACGAGGAAGCAGAAAUGUUGACGCUGCCAACAAUUAUCGGUAUUGCAGUCGGUGCAGGCGUACUGGUGCUCCUAGUCAUUAUCGUCAUUAUCGCCUACCAAGUGAAGUCUCGUCGUAGCAACGAUAUGAUGAAGAGGAUGAGGAUCCAGAUGGACUCGCUGGAGGCUCGAGUGGCCAACGAGUGCAAGGAAGCCUUUGCGGAACUUCAAACCGACAUGACAGAGCUGACAAGUGACUUGUACGGCCAAGUGUCAAUUCCGUUCUGGGACUACAGAACCUAUUGUAUGAAGGUCUUGUUCCCUGGGGUAGAAAACCACUCGGUCAUCAAGGAGCUCCAGGUUGGCUAUCGAAGAAACCAGGAAGAUGUAGAACGAGGAUUGGCUCUUUUCUUCCAACUCAUGAGCAACAAGACGUUUCUCCUUAUUUUUAUACGCACUCUUGAAUCCAGUAAAACAUUCCAGCUCCGAGAUCGUGUGAAUGUAGCGUCUCUCAUCACCGUUGCUCUUCAAACCAAAAUGGAAUAUGCUACUGAUAUCCUGAAAACUUUGCUGGCAGAUCUCAUAGAAAAGUCGGUAGAGGGUAAAAAUCACCCCAAGCUGUUACUGAGAAGGAAUGAAUCAGUCGCUGAGAAGAUGCUGACCAACUGGUUCUCGUUCCUGUUGUACAAAUUCCUGAAGGAGUGUGCGGGGGAGCCUCUGUUCAUGUUGUACCAGGCCAUCAAGCAACAGGUGUCCAAGGGUCCAGUUGACUCGGUGACCAGCGAAGCCAGGUACUCUCUGUCUGAGGAUAAACUCAUCAGGCAGCAGAUUAACUAUAAGAUUAUGACGCUGAAUGUUCUGGAUAUGGACAGCUAUGCUGAGCAGAAACAGACGCACACAGUCAAAGUCCUCGACUGUGACACAAUCUCACAGAUUAAAGAGAAGAUACUUGAUGCUAUGUAUAAAAAUGCUCCCUUCAGCAGUCGACCGGCCAAAGAAGAUUUAGAUUUGGUUUUAUUUGGUCAUCCACCAGAAUGGCUCUGCCAUGAAAAAUCGCGACAGCUGAUUCUUCACGACGAGGACACCUCGUCUAAAACAGAGAGUGACUGCAAGAGGUUGAAUACUCUCAACCAUUAUCAGGUUCCCGAUGGAGCAUAUGUUGCCAUUGUACCCAAACAAGAUUCUGUCUACAACUCCUCUAUCAUAUCAGAUAAAUCAAACAAGUUUGACCAAAUGCCAUUCAAUCGGAGCCCACCGAUGAGCCGCACUGUGAUAUCGCCCCAGUCUGUGACUGUUGACUUUGACAACAAUGGAGUCAAGUUCUACCAUCUGGUGCGUCACCAUGACACUGAUGCCCAGAAGGAGGGUGACCGUGGGAGUAAGAUGGUGACAGAGAUCUACCUGCCCAGAUUGCUCGUAACAAAGGGUACACUCCAGCAGUUUGUGGAUGACUUGUUUGAGCGUAUAUUCAGCACAGCACACCGUGGUUCCGCACUGCCGCUAGCCAUCAAGUAUAUGUUUGACUUCCUGGACGACCAGGCUCUGCUCCACAACAUACAGGAGCACGAGACAGUCCACACGUGGAAAUCCAACAGUCUACCUCUUCGUUUCUGGGUAAAUGUGAUCAAGAACCCCAACUUUGUGUUCGACAUCUACAAGUCCCCGAUUGUGGACUCAUGCUUGACGGUGGUCGGGCAGACGUUCAUGGACUCUUGCUCUGUCAGUGAACACAGACUGGGCAAAGAUUCUCCUUCUAGUAAACUACUCUAUGCCAAAGAUAUCCCCAAAUACAAGAAAUGGGUGGAGAGAUACUACCAAGACAUCAAAAUGAUGCCUGCCAUUAGUGAUCAAGACAUGACAGCCAUGUUGACUGAGGAAUCAAGGUUACACCAAGGAGAAUUCAACACGAACGCUGCUCUCAUGGAGCUGUAUAAAUACAUACAGAAAUACUACGAAGAGAUCAUGUGUGCUCUGGAGGAGGAUGAGUUUGCCAGGAGAAGUAAACUCGGCAUUAAACUGGAGCAGGUUCAAACAGUGAUGGAAGGAGAUGCAGUCUGCUAGUUCCCACAGUGCCACAAGGCCCUAGGACCAAUCUCUUCCUCUCCCUUCACGUGCGUGAGCCACUCAACUCGGUGCUCUAGCUGCUCGGGGAGAUCAUGUUGGAGUUAUCUCCCUUUCUUGGUGCUGCGGACGUCUAUGCACAUUUAGUUUAAUGUUGCCUUUCUGACUGAAUUGUCUUCGGAAAUAAUUAAUGGAGCAGUAUUUCAUUCUGAUUAUUUCAUCAGCUGACCACCAUGGAUUGACGCUUGUUUCUGUUUGGAUGGAAACCAGUGAGGUGUUUUUUAUUAGAACUCCCAGCUGAGACACUGGUGCUUUUUUUUAACUAGAACUCCAGGCGCUUGUGCACAACAAUAAGUUGAUAUAUUCCCAGUGACACAUCAAGUGUGGACAAGAAUGUGUGUGACUUUGAAAGACAAUCAAUGCUGGAAACACACAUUGUGGACUACAAACUGAGUGUCUGUUUGUGUUCAGAGAUAAAAUAAUGACCUCUAUCACGGUCUUAGAUCAGGAUAUAUAUGAGCUAGUCAUGUGACCAAAUUGGUCGGGUAUAUCGACAAUAAGCGAUAUACGACAAUGAAAUAUCCUGAUUUGUUUGACCUACACUGAUGAUUGUGUAGAAAUGACGGCUAAUUGUGCUAUAAAUCACCCAAUAAUGUCAGCUUCAUGCAUUGUAUAUUACCAUUACCUUUUAACAGCGCAUAUGAAUAAUAACCCUUUCAGUCUGCAAAAACAUACUUAAAAAUAAUGGCUAUUGCUCAUGACAUUUCUAGACUUCUGCUCAAAACUAUAGAAUCUUAUAGCUGCUUAUUUUCAUGGAAGUAUUUUGACAAUAUGUUUGCACCUAUCCUAGUAGAUAUGCCACAAAUCAAGUGCCAAGUAAUUUUGGGAUGUCAUUCUUGUAGGGUGCUUGCAGACCAAACAAAUCAGCUCUGCAGGUGAGACUCAACAUGUUGUGUUUGAUAACGUUUGACAGUCUGUCCCUUCCGAUGUCAGAUUGGAGCUUUAUUCAUAUUGUUAUAUAUACAAGUGCAUUCAUAAUACUCAGACUUCUACCAUCUUCUUGUCACUUUCUUGUACCGUUGUUCUUAGAAUGUUUUAACAAUAUGGAAUCUCAGAGUUUGUCCUGUGGAAUAAGGUACCAUAUUUUUAAGAUCACCAUUUUGCAUGAAAAUACUUCAAAUACUAGAACACUUUGUAUGUCGGUCAUGGGAAUUUUAACAUCUAGAGAGGAAUUUGAUAAAAUUUGAUAUUGUCAAAGCAACAAAAAGCUUUCCCAUAGCGAUGGUUGUCAUGGUAACCAUGGAACUUCCAUUAACAGCUCAUUGUCUUUCAAGCUUUGGUUUUCGCAAAGCAGUUUCCCAUGAUGCACCGAGAAAUAGUGCCUUUUUUGGCCAACAGGUGGAGUUGCUAUCUACGGAAAAAACAGAUAAGGUGUUGGCCGUCACAUGCUUGACGUCUUUACGUUUAUGACUUUUCCUCACGUAGACAAACACAAACUUGAAAGUUUCAAUAGUUAGGCAGUACAUUCAUGUUUCAUGCUGGAAGAAUGAUUGGUGUAUUUGAAGAUUUUCUUGUCAUGUUCAGGUAAGAAAACUUAGUUUAAUUGUUCCUUUGACUGCAGGAGAGUUUGGGAGCCAUGUUUUGUAACUGUUUACAUGCAGUGUCUUAUGAUGCACUAUGCAUUGAAAAACAUUUACCAGUUACUGUCCUGUUGGAUUCAUUGUCAGUAAUUAGGGCUGUAUUUGAAUUAGCAUGAGGUUGACAAGCAGUUGCUACACACUCACACAACCACAUCACACCGUACUACCGUUUCUGUCACAGUCAUAUCUACCGUACUACCGUUUCUGUCACAGUCAUAUCUACCCUACUACAGUUUCUGUCACAGUCAUAUCUACCGUACUACAGUUUCUGUCACAGUCAUAUCUACCCUACUACCGUUUCUGUCACAGUCAUAUCUACCCUACUACAGUUUCUGUCACAGUCAUAUCUACCGUACUACAGUUUUUAGAACAUAAGGGUUCAAAAUUUGGAAAACUAAAUUGAUGUUUUCUUCUGAUGUAGCUUAAGUACAACACUAAAGACAAUUUAUCCUCCAAAACUGGCUGCCACAGGCGAUAUCGCUUGGGGGAGAUCAAGUGAUAUAUCUACAUUGUAGAUUCACUGCAAUGAAAUUGCAUCACAAUGUUUUGCAGACCAUUGUGAUGUCAUUUUUUACCAUGACGUCAUAAUCAAAUGACAUCACUAAUGGCUCUACUACUGAAGCUGUUAGCAGUACUUUUUAUGCUUAAGACACUGCUUAUUACUGUCUACAAACUGAAAAAAAUAGAAGAAUGAUGUUGGAUGAUAAAUAAAAUCUCACCCGAGUGUCUUUUGAUAUCAAAUAUAUCGAGACUCAAUAUAUUUGAUAUCAAAAGACACUCGAGUGAGAUUCUCUGUCUUACCCAAGUACAGCUGGCAUAAUGGACUAAACAGUGACUGGUCCACCUCACCUGUUUGGCCCUGUGAGCCUGAGGACCUGGACCUGGACUGGACCUGUACCAUCACGAGUCACAACACAGUGUUAUCAACAGGGCAGUAACUGAUAAAGUCAAAAAUCUUACAAGGGCAAAUCUUUUUGUAGCAUUUGUAGUUAAUCAUCCGAUUCCAUGGUGCAAUGCUGUUUAUUAUAAGAUCGCAGAAGAGCGUUGUUUUAUUGCAAGUUCUUUGUUGAGACCAAGUUGUGCCCGUGAACUAUCGGAGAAUUGAGUUUGAGCUUACACAGAUUGGCCUACACUCUUCUACCCUGCUGCCUAUGGCCACAGUAGGCCAAACUAAAAGAUUCCAUCAAAAUUUGUUAAAUUUGAAAUUGAAUCUCAUUUGAGAAUUCCAUUGAGUUUUUGGAAUGAGUGUGCCAUUAUAUUUGGUGGAUCUGAAUAUGUUACUGUAUUUCUAUGGCAUCUAUCAACCAACUGCUGAAAGCUAUGCUGUUAAAGCUCUCUGAUAUUGAAGACUGUCUACUUUUGGGACUGGACACAGUCUUUUCUCUUUCUUUUUAAUGUUCAAGAAAUAACAGAGCUUAGUUUGGUGAGUAAAACUGAUUCAGUGUUUCCUGGCAUGUUAGUGUUUUAGAAACAGGGUUUUUUAAGGGGGAAACCUGGGAUGUAAUGUUUAUCAAUCAAGAUAUUUACUAUCUUUCAAAACUUGAUAGCAUCGAAGAUUAAAAUACAUGUUUAGUGGACUUGACCUGGUAGUUGUAGCUAUUGGUGUUUGGGGCGGUGGGGUAGCCCAGUGGUUAAUGCAUUUGCUCGUCUUGUUGCAGGCCUGGGUUUGACUCCCUAAAUGGGCACAUUAUUUGUAGUCUAUUUCACUCACUCACUCUCUCACUUUGGCAGUCUAUGGAGGAACCAAGAGGGUCACUUAUGGUAACACAGGGGAUUAGCAGUGUUCUCUAGUUAGUUUAAUCCUAAUGGCUGGUGUGAUGAGAUCAUGCCCUGGAAACAGUGAAUCAGUUCUGUUCUGACAUUUAGCUGGUAUCAGAGAGCUGCUUCAACUUCAUCUGUAAAUACUUCAUUGUCAUAGCAACAUGUUUCCAGCACUGUGUUCAAUGAUCAUCAUAUCUUCAUCAUCAUUGGUGAUAUCUUAAUCAUCAUCGGUGAUAUCUUCAUCAUCGGAUAAUAACUGGGUUGUCACAGAACAAUAGUGCCAAAUUUGUAGUGUGGACUUCUAGGACAGGGUGGGACAAUUCGUAACAAGGCCAGGACAAUUUGUUCGAAGUCUGUUUAUUAAUAAACUUUUCAGAGUAUGCCAGUCGUGUCUUCGUAUCUUUGAUGCUGAAGACUGAGAUGGCUACAUUGUUUCACAGAAUUCCUAAAAUGUCCGCCUCCAUAAAACUUACUGGUCAGUGUCAUCGCUGAGAAUGUCUGCAUUUCACCAGUAAUCUUCUGAGGAUAAUCUUCCAUUAAUGUGACUGACCACUCCCACUGUUUCCAGACUGUCAAGAAGCAAUAUAGGACAAUGUAAUGGCUUUGGCCUACAAACAUUAUGAUGUCAAAUGAGAUGGGGGAGGGAUUUAAAGGUAUUAUAGAAACCUUGAGGAUCUAUGGGAGAUUUUUCCAUCGAUAAUCACUCAUGAUUCCGUUACCAUGACAUCGUAGCUAAUUUUCUCAUUUCUCCUGCGACUGUGUACAAGUAUUAAAUCAAGUGAUAAAAUCGCUCGUUGUCAUGGUAGCACCAUUGUUGAUCAUAUCAGAGUUUAUUUUUGUACAUUACCGUUGUCGGCUCGCCUCCACACCCUGGUGGCGCCCCCUAGAGGCGACACGAGCCAUGAAAGGUGUGAUACUUGCUGUACUUGUGUAUAUACAUUCGUUAGCUAUGCAAAUACUGUAAGUAGGGUUUUAUGUCAACACAUUCGUGUAUAUAGCCGCUUCCUGUCCAGGAGACAGGGGAUAUGUGUAGAAUUGUUUGUGUUUCUGUGUAUAUAUCAUGAUAUAUGACAAUUGUGUAGGCAUCUGUGAGAAUAUAGACCGAUAUUUGUAGUGACUACGAGUCCUAUGGAGUAUUGUGUAGGCAUCUGUGAGAAUAUAGACCAACAUUUGUAGUGACUACGAGUUCUAUGGAGUACUAGUGUUCAAGUAACCUCUCUACUGCAACCUUGCCCCAAGAGUAUCACAAGCACCCAAAUCUCCAAGUAAAAGUAGAAGUUGACCAACUCCAGUGUGUGUGGACCAAUCAGAUUGCUUUUGGGUGACCUUCUUAUUUGCAUAUCUAUAUGUCCUUGGAUUUUCAUUGGAUAAGCUUUAAAUGUCAGAAUAUGUUUGGCAGGUAGACCUGGGAGCUUGGUGACCUUGAAGGGGCAAGCUAAUAAUCAUUGCUGAAUUUAUGUUGUAAAUCUAGAGACAAGAGAGACUGACAUAUACACACAAAUAUCCAUGAAUGUUGUUUGAGUGUUUCCUGACUGUCCCACAUAGCAUGUUGUCAUGUUUAUUUCCUUGGUUUCCUAGGAGAUCCUUACUCUGGUUCUAGUGACAGUAUGAUGUGUACAGAGUGAGACUUGAAGUCCAGCAUGAAUAAUCUAUAAAUAUCUGUUUAAACAUCAAUUGCAAAUAUACAGGAAUGUGGAAUCUAGCUUGAUGUAUAGAAUAUGACUAAAUGUUCAUCAUAGGAAGCUUGUCAGAUGAUGUCCUCUGUAUCUUGUAUCCACCAAUAUUUCCUCAUCAACAGAUUCUUCCCUUAUUUGUAGUGUACAGUCGACAGCCGUCAGCAUUCACGCAGAUCAAGUGCUUGGAAUAUCACACAGUGCAAACUGAAACAAUACAAUGUUUAUUUGUAGAGAAAGAAAAAAACAUGUAAAAAGAUGUCUUUUUUUUAUACUGACACAGCAAUAAAAAGCACAAUGCCUUUCUCAUGUGGUAGAUUAUAGUUUUAUUUGUAUAUUAAACUUGUGGCCAAAACUAUUGAACCUAGUCCGAACAUUGUACAAUAGAAGUUCUAAAUAAAUGGCUUUUAUAAUAUACUUUUAAGAACCAUGUACUUUCACCCAUGUUAGAUCAUUUAUUUAACAUAUAUGUAUAAAGUAUUCUUAAACUGAGGUUUACAUUUUAUAGAGAAUUUAGAUAAAAAGUUAUAUAUUUUAAUUUUGCUUAUACAAUUAGAUGUUUUUGAUAUUUUUGUUUAUGCUUGAAUAAAUUAUAAAUAGAUUGAUAGGUAAUUUAGAAGGUGAGAAAAGCAACCAUUUCAAUUGCAAUGACCACCUAGUCUACAGCCUGAUUAGCAGAGGGGUAUUUUAAAGCUUUAAAGGGAGUAUAUCACGUGUGUUCAUUAAUUCAGCUAAUCCAUUUCAUCAAAGUGUCUUUUUCAGUGUAAAUAACACAUUUCUAACAAAAUAUCCUUUUGCUACUCUAGAUUGACAUUGACUAGACAUCUUAAACAAGUGAAAUAUAUAUCGAGAAUAGACAUGUUUAUUAUUUCAAUAAAUGAAUGUAAUUAGAAUGAGUGAUAGUCCUUAUUGCUAGGUUCAUAGACUUGCUGAUGGUUGUUUAUAUAUAUUCUGUGAGUGCGUGAGUGAGUGAAUGGGGUUUUAUAUCCAGGCCAGCAAUAUUACAGCUGUAAGUGAACGGCAGAGAAUAAAUAUUCAGAGAUGAGCAAAUUUGUCUGUAAACGCCCAGGACAUCCUUUCCAGGCCCAUUCUGAAAACGACAAGUGUGGUCAUGUUUCUAGGCAGUUGGGUCUAAUGUUGGACAGCUCUUAGCAAGUCUGUCAUCAGGUUUCGUUAAAUGUUUGGCUUAAUUUGUGUGGUUUUGAUCAGUUGUGGAUGCUGUUUAGAGAUUUGAUUUUGUAAAUUUUGUAUGUUUGAGAGCGAGAGGGAAAUGUGUUUUUCAUAAACAUCUUUUGUAUGUGUUUGUAUACAUCCUUGUAUGGCUGCCAUAGUGUGAGGUCCGCAGUCUGCACAGUAUUCCUAAUAAACUGGAUGGCCUUCACAUUGAUGUACUGUGACCUUCAGGGUCAACCAUUUUCAAUAAAUACAACAGUAAUUAUA